UUGUCCUUCCAUCGCCUUGCCACUUGUUAAUAUCACAUCUUCCUAUUCUUAAUUGUAUCGCAAUCUGCCUUUCUUCUAAUCAGUCUUAUUAUCAACAGAAUAAAAAAAAAUGAUAAUACAUUAUGAGAUGAACGAUGUAUAUCAAUUUAAUUUAGCCCUUUUUGUUAUUUGCCAACCUUCUCAACACAGACUCGAGGAGGACCGUUUGCUGGUGCGUCGUGUGCCGAGGGUUAGCACCUGCAACCAGUUUGCAACCGCGAGGGGCCCCGGGCAGAAGGUGGUGACGUACAGCUACUAUGGCAACGCCUCCGACCAUCGCGUGUAUGACAGAUAUUUCUCGGAGAUUCCCAGGCGGGCCAAGGAGGUUGCUCAGCGAUAUCCAGGUGAGUAUGUUUAUAGAGGAAUUAUAUUGGUAUGCAUGUAAAUAUCUAGGUGUAUCUACACAUAUGUAUUUUAUCAUUAUUAUUUUUUUUGUGUGUGUCAGUUUGUCUGC